CUUAGGAAAUGCUUUCCAUUGUACACACUGGUGUCAUAAGGAAAGUGAAACAGACUUGUGUUCACAGUCCAGUGUUAAUAUCUAUACUGUACUGUAAAAUAUGGCUUUUCAAACUACUGUUAGUGACUUAUUGCAGACGUAUGUGGAUAAGAUUGUAAGGAUUUCACAAAGGAGAGUUCAGGAGACUGUAGAAUGGGUGGGAAAGGAUGUGGCCUCAGUGCUGGCGGAGGUAGCGAAGGAAGGAUACUUCUCUUCAGAGUUUAUUUACUCAGGAAGCUACAUUGAGAAACUCGCAGUUUACAUCCCUGAAGAGUUUGACUUAAUGGUGCCAAUAGAGUGUGGAAAAGGCUUUAAGACCGAAAAGACUUUCCAUUCAGAUGUCAAAUACCGUCUUGUCUUUCCUAAAGGAAACAGAAAGGAUUCUAAAUGGGAGAUUCAAUCUUUCUUUUUACAUGCUGAGAAGGUAAUGGAGGUUUUUGAAGAGCAGGUGAUAUCAGCUACCCUGAACAGAGAUAUUGAUGUAUACCACCGUAGACCUUGUGCCGCAGCCGUGUGUGUCACCAUAAAGCACGGUUGGGAAAGGGUUAAUGUGGACCUGGUGCCUUUUGUGAAGAAUCCAUUCAAGGAAUGGCCAAUAGCCUGGCCAAGAAAAGAUGCACCCUGGCCAUCGCAAGCCAAAAUACUAGAAAUCAAGAAAGCAGGGAUAGAUCUGGUUGCCAAGACGAUGUGGAGGCCUUCCUUCUCUGCUAUUGAAAGAAUCAUUCUGGAAGAUAUUGAUGCGGAUGGAGGACAUCGAAAAGACGGUUUGAAAAUUUUAAAGCGUGUAUUGCAGUCGAGUUGGGAACGAGUUGAGAAAGCUUUGUGCUCCUAUCACCUAAAGACUAUACUUUUCUGGACAUGUGAAAAGCACCCAGACCCAAGUGAAUGGGCAACUUUAGAAGACUCUUUAAAUCUGCUGGUGGACGAGCUGAUUCGUGGCUUGGAACAGUGUUCUAUACCCCAUUACUUUUUGCCUGGCGAGAAUCUAUUUGAAGAUACUGGACAUUUAAAUGUUCUUUUGGAAGAAGUGAAGCAGCUAAGGAAAGACCCAGUCUCAUACCUGAAGAUAGAAACCAUUUUAAACAACAGAGUAGGUGAAAAGCUCACAUCAUUGAUACCAGAUGUGUGGUCCGAGGCUAGAUUUACAACAGAGGAAAUGCAGCUAUGGGUGUCAGAGGAUUCUUUGGUAGAAUACUUCACUCAAAAUCCAAUCUGAACUGUAAAUCUAAUGCUGUAUAAUAGACAGUAGAAAUUAUUUAGCUGCCAACCUGUAUAAAAUAUGUUUUAUACUAUUUUAUACAAGGCUCAGUAACUUGUUCUUCCUGUUUUUGAUUUGCUUCCACUUACAUUUUGUUGUCAAUUAAUAAGUGAUUAUUGAGUUCAAUGCUUUUGACACAACAAACUGUGUUCUGCAACUUUUAUACUAGCUUUUCACAUUGCUUCAUAACUUUAUUAUUGUUUAAUUAGCCACUGAUUAUAGCAGUUCGUGUUUAUUACUGUCCUGAACUAUACAGUAUACAGUACAGUAGCACAAUCAAGUGAAUACUUAGCACACAUUCUAGUAACAAAAUAAAUCCUGCUGCUGCACUGCACACAUUACUGUGCAAUGUAGUACAAUGUAAGUAAAUAAUAAAAGGAUUAGUUUAAAUUGAAACUGAGGGAUUUUAGUGCAUUUUCUUUUUAAUGUAGCCUACUUAGUACACAAUUAACACAAAUAGAUCAUUGCGAUACUAUACAGUAUCUUAUAUAAACUGCACACACUUUACAGAAAUAAAUCCUUUUUUAUUUCCAUAGAAAAUGUUACAGUGUACGUGUAGCUGCAAGUAAAACACACAGUCUACCUGCUACACGUGUUUUCUGUGUGUAUGAGUCAGGCUUUCUUUACAAGAGCAAUUAAAGACUUCACAUUCAGAAUUUGUAUUAUCAGUCCACAUCUUGCAUUUCAAACCACUGGAGUCCAUCAGUAUUUCUGAAAGCUUCUCUCCCUUCUCCACCCGAUCGAUCGAUCGCAGUUAGUUUAAACUCUGUAGAGUGAGUUCAUAAACCCUCUUUUAAUCCUGUUCUUAAUUUUAGUGAUUUAGCAGCUACCCUGUUAGCUGUCUGUUCUUGUUUAUUUUCAUCCUGUCUGGUGUCAGUGUAACAGUCUGUUUUUUUCAGUGCGUCUCUUUGGAUCAAGCAAUUCACGGUGACCGCCGGUCGCAUCGUCACACUCAAUUGGAUAUUAUUGAGGGGCAUGCGUUGUGUCGGGAUAUCGAAUGUGCUGCAUAUCACUGUCUGUAUUAGCGAGAAACUGCUGGAUAGGAGCAGGCAGAGGCUUUUUGUCACAGGUCUGAGGAACACAACUGGAAUCAGUCUUGUUGUUGCCAUGCUUUGUUCAUUUUUCAAACACAAUCUGGGUCUGCCACACAUGUACGUUGCAAACAACUAAACUUACAUUGAAUACAAUCAACUCAGCUUUUUUAGCCUCUUCUUUCCUAGUCCUCUGUUAGCCACCAUUUGAGUUGAAUGUGGAACCCAUUGCGCUUGUAAAAGCAGUAUUUCAGGAUAAUUCAC